GUUUCUCUCUCAUUGUUCUCUGUGCAGUCUUCAUCUUGGGAGCUAACGGAGCCUCACCGUCCCACUCGCACAACGCUGCCCCAGCCCCCGCCGUGGAUUGCUCCUCCCUGGUUCUAACCAUGGCGGAUUGCUUGUCCUUCGUCACCAAUGGCAGCACCACCACCAAGCCGGAAGGUAACUGCUGCUCCGGGCUCAAAUCGGUUCUGAAAACGGCGCCUCAGUGUCUGUGUGAAGCCUUCAAGAGCAGCGCUCAGUUCGGCGUCGUUCUCAAUGUCACCAAGGCCCUCGCUCUCCCCGCUGCAUGCAAAGUCUCCGCCCCUUCCGCUUCCAACUGUGGAUUGUCUGAAACACCUGCCGCCGCUCCUGUGUAUCUAACAGGACUUCUAAUGGAGGUAGAAGAAGCAGAAGAAAUAGUUUGAAAUCAACUAGCACCUUUGGGGGAAGCAGGUGGAAGAAGAAGCAGCAGCUGAGAGUCACCAGCCAAAAACCAUUCAAGCUAAGAACUGAGGAAAGGGGGAAGGUGAAAGAGGAAGAAUUUGUGAAGAAGAUACAUGAAAUGAUGACAGAGGAAGAGAAGCAAAGGAUACCAAUAGCCCAAGGGCUUCCAUGGACAACAGAUGAACCUGAGUGUUUGGUAAAGCCUCCUGUCAAAGAAAUCACACAGCCGAUUGACCUGCAGCUUCACAGUGAUGUGCGGGCAAUGGAUCGUGCUGAGUUUGAUCAUCAGGUCCUUCAUCUCCAACAAUUCCCCUUCAAGCUCAACCGGCAACACCUUCUCCUCCCUUGGAGAUGCUUCUCGCCGCAAUCAUCGUCGUUGAACUCUUCCAUGCCGUCCGCCUUCGAUACCCCGCCAGUGCAUUGUUUCCGGUUUGCCGCAGCCACUGAUGCUCCACCUACUCCAAUGUGAUUCAGAGGCUCCUGAAGGAUUAUUCUCCGGUAGAGAAAUUAUCGAUUCCGACACAAAGUUUCAUGAGUUUUGUGAGGAGUUCUAUCGGUCUGUGAAGAACAGGGGAGUGGCAAAUUCGGGGAUUGAUGAGGCUGAAAGUUGAAGACCAAGGUAUGGUGGGUUAAUUCUAUCAUUGAUUUCCUUUUAUGAUCUUUUCCUUUUAUUCAAAAUCAAUAUCUCUGGAGCUUUAUAUUUCUAUACAAAAAAUUAACAGAAAAUAGCUAACAAUUUUUUCUGGGUUAACUGCAUUUUCUUUUCUCUACCAAU